GGUGCUAUUCAGUGCGAGUAAUUUUUCUGCUCACCGUGGGACUGGGUGAAAUGUUUUUUUACGCACAGUGUUAAACUAGAGUAGGUCAGAGAGAAGACAUUUCUUCGACGAAGGGGAAUAACAAAGGGUCAGUGUGUGUGUUAAGAUAGCGUAUUCAGAAAUUAGAGGUCAAUUUAAAGUUCAUCUUGAAAGUUUGUCUUCAACUUUAAGCGAGCGCCUUUUCGUUGCUUGACAGCAACUGCGCGAAGGACACAUCUCGGAAGGGAGCGACUGCCACCAUGGAGAAAUCCAAAAACUUUCGCAUUGACGCGCUGCUGGCGCACGACGUGGGCCAGAGGACGGGCAGCGACGGCGUGUCCCCGGGGAUGUAUUACAGCAGAAGCCCCGGUGAUAGUCCAGUAUCCACCAGGAGCGGCUCAGAGACCCCUUCUCCUCAUCCAAACAAUACAAACUCUUCUCCAGUCCUGCAAGAAGCCAAAUCGAGAUCCGGUUUCUUCAGCCUGACCCAGCCAGGAUACGCUGCUCUGCAGCAAGUGGGUCUCAUCGGAAUGCACCCGGGCUCCAUGUAUCCUCUGGCGGCCCUCGGUGGCCAGUACCCCUCCUUCAUGUAUCCCGGCUUCACGCAGUUGGUCCAACCUUAUGCGGAGCAUCUGAAGGGGGCAACCAUGGCCGGAACGGCCCCCCUGGAGCCGUGGAUUAGAGCCGGGAUGAUGAUACCCAGACUGGGAGAGUAUGGCGCACCCGCUCAGGCAGGAUUGUUGGGGAAGUGUCGGCGGCCCAGGACGGCCUUCACCAGUCAGCAGCUGCUGGAACUGGAAAACCAGUUCAAGCUGAACAAGUACCUGUCCAGGCCUAAGCGCUUUGAGGUGGCGACUUCCCUCAUGUUGACAGAGACUCAGGUUAAGAUCUGGUUCCAGAACAGACGUAUGAAGUGGAAGAGAAGUCGCAAAUCCAAGGAACAAGUAAACCAAACCUCCGUGUCUGACACAGCAAGACCUGGGAUGGACAUCAGCUCUCAGAGCUCGAGUCUGGAGGACGAAGAUGAGAUAGAAGGGGAGGACGAGGAUGAAAAAGAGGAGAUAGAGGUGCUGAGGGAAAGCUCUUUAAGCUCUGUCAGCUUCAUAAGGCGUGCAGAAAGGGGAAUGGGGAACUACAGCUCUUACUCAGAGGAAGAAGAUGGAGGCCCAGGAACAAGAAGUGGGGCUUUCCCAUCGCCGUAAAUUUCAGUAUGCUGUUAUUGUAUGUCUUUUGUGUUUAUUAGAAAUGACAACACACAGUGCAAUCCGGUGCAAAACUAUGGUGUCACCAAGAAGAUCAAAUCAUAGUCCCAUAUCUCUAUCGAGACCUCUCACACAGGAAGAUAGGAGGCCGACAUCUACACACAGUACUGGGUUAUGAUUAAUACGUCACACCACCAGCAUGUUAUAUUAAAGCACCUGGACAUCUAAUGGUUUAAUAGUCAGCAGUUUAUGGAUAAGUUUUGGCUUCAAAAACAAAUAAUCCUGACGUAUAUAUUUUUUUCUCUAAAUUAUUUACUUUUGAUCAAAACAAUACAAAAGAAUUAGAGCCCAUGUCCCUGUCCAAUAAUGAAUUAUUGAAUUGAUGUUUGCAUACUUACACUGCAUGACUAGGGGGUAAUAGCACUUUUAUCUAGGGUACCAACACAAAAAAUGACACAAAAAUGACGUUCUAAAGAGUGUCAGUGUUACAUUAUUAUCCAUAUGUCCCGGUCUGUUACAAAGUUCUCGUAACUUUCCACCCUAUGGAAGAUUGUUAUGUAUAUAAGAAGACUUGGAUAAAUAUCAACUCUGUUAUUUUUUUUUUCAUUUUUUUAAUAUAUAUAUAAAUACAUUAUAUUGGUGUGGCAUGAAAAUGCUACUAUGGCUAGUAAAGUACUUUUUUGACGAAAUAUUGUCAUUUUUAUUGUUCUACUUUAUUUAAUGUUUUGCUUUAUAUUUUUUUUCUUGAAACUGCAUGUUAUGUUUAGAUAACACCACACGCAAAGAAAUGUCUGUACAUACUGAAGGUAUUUAAAAUCUUCUGACAGUGUCCUUGUAUUUUGUAAAAUACUGUCAAUAUAAUUUAACAUUUAUAGAAUUUAAUAUAUUUCAAUUAAGAUGCAACGUUAGAGGUUUUUGUGGACAUCAAUAGUUAGACUAAUAAAGGUGUGUUUAAUCCAAUAAGUUUGAAAUUAAUUAAGAUAGAACCGAAUGAGCAAAUGACAAUGUGCAGAACUCAUAAUUUAAGUGUUUGCUUUAAGUUGUAGGAUGACUUCCUUUGAAC